AUGAUUCAAGAUCGUGAAAAUAAACUAAAUGAAAUUCAAACGUCAUCGUUUUCUCAAGAUUCGUUAUUGAUUAAACGUUUAAAUGAAGAAAUCGAACAGCUUCGCUCUGAAAAGUCUGAACAACAAAUGAAAAUUCAAACCCUUGAAAUGAGAAUAAAACUAGUUCAAGAAGAUCCCACAAUUUUUUCUUUAAAGAACGAAUUGGCCGAAUUAAAAACUUCCGAAUUUCGACUUCAACAAAAAGUUCAUGAUUUAGAACAACAUUUAAAUAAUGCUCAAGAGAAAUAUCAACAGUUGCAAUUGAUGAGGAAUGAAUUGAAAGUAUUGAAAGAGUCAGAGUCCGGACAAACAGCGACCAUUUUUCGAUUACAAAUUCAACUUCAAGAAACAAAAGAAGCCAAGGAAACUGUAAUAAGAGAAUGGGAAUGUAUGAAGGAAAAUUUUUAUGAACAAACUAAACUUGUCACAAAUCUUGAAGGAGGACUACAAACCAUGAUGGAGGAAUUGAAUAUGGCCAAAGAAAAUCACGCAGCUAGUUUAAAAGAACUUGAUGGCAUGACCAACUUUUUAGCCAACACUUUGGAACAAAGAGAUGAAGAUGAAAAAAAGAUUGAAGCGUUGGAAGCCGAAAUUCACUCGUUAAAGGAAGGUGGAAUGGUUGAUGAUAAAGAUUAUAAAUCUCUACGUAAAGAAUUGUCAAAUACUAAAAAUGAAAUGACAGAACAGAAUAAACUUUUGAUUGAACUUGAAAAACAAGUGAAAAUUUUGGAAAAGGAACGUGAUCAAUAUGUCGAACGUACUAAUCAAUUGACUAGAACAAUUGUGACACAAGAAAUGAAACAAAAAGAAGCGAUCGCAGCAUUUGAAUUCACUAUAUCCGACCUACAGUCUCAACUUGAAGAAUCAAAAUCCACAGCUCAAACUUAUCAGGAUACAAUGACAACACUUGGAGGAAAAUUGACUAAAGUAGAAUCACAACUUGAUGAAUCUAAGGCAUCUGACCAAAGACGUGCUCAAAUGGUUAAUGAAUUCAAGACUGUAUUAAAAGAAGCAAAUUCGGCAUUAUUAGAAAAGGAAAAAAUGAUUACCGAAAAAAAUGCACGUCUAAUGGAAUUAGAAGAAAUGGUCAAUAAGGCAAAAACAGCGUUAGAAUUGUCUAAAUCGUUAGAGUCGGAACGAGUCAAAGAGCUUCAAUCAAAGGUUGCAGAAGUCGGUUCAUCAUCAGAACUUCAAGAUGCUCAAAAAUUAGCUGAUCGACAAUUGGAAUAUAUUAGAGAAUUAGAAAUAACAUGUGAUCAUGUAAAGAAUUUGACCAUAGAAUUAGAAGAAUUAAAAGUUUCUGAAGCUGAAAAGGCAACGUUAAUUGAAAAUUUGGAAACAGCUUUGAAGAAAAAGGAAGAAAAGUUACAAGAUUUAACAAAUAUUUUAGAUGAAACAAGAGCUCAACUCGAAAAAGUAAAGAAUUCCGAAAUUUAUAGUAUUGAUUAUGUCGAAUCUUUAGAAUCUCAACUUCAAGAAGCACGAGAACGUCGUGAUGAAGAAAUUAUAAAACUCAAACAAGCGAAUGUUGAGAUUGAAGCACUUCGAAAACAAUGCGUCCUUUUACAAAAUGAAGCAAAGGUCAAUAAUGAACGUAUUGAGGAAUUGGAACAAAAAUCAACGCAAUUUAUAGCUGAAAGAAAUGAGGCCAUUAUAAAGAAUGGAAUUCUUGAAUCGAAAAUUCACAAACUACAAAGAGACUUUGAUUCAUUAACAACUGAUUUCGAAGAUGUUGCUAAUAAAUUUUCAGACUCUGAGAUUCGUGUUGAUGAACACAAAGAACGAAUUUCUCAAUUAGAAUCAGUAUUAGAGGCUAAGGAGCUUGAAGCUAAAGAACAAACAAAUGAAGCAGAACGGAAUAAAGCUGAUCAAAUAGUAAAUUCUGGUCAAGACGGAAUUAUUUCAACCGCUCAUCUUGAAACGCAAGAAAAUGAAUCACGAUCAUCUGUUUCCGAGAUACAAGAAUUGAAUAAAAAAAUUGCAGAGCUAGAAGAGGAGAAUGAUGGAAAAACACAACUUAUCGAAAUGCUUGAAGAAACACUUAAGGAAAGUGAAGAGGAGUUAAGUGAAGCUAAACAAAAAUUAAAUAUCUUGCGUCGCGAAAAGUUAGAUCUUGAAAGAAAAAUAGAAAAUCUAAAGUAUCAAUUAGUAACCGUAACGAAUGAAUAUGAAGAAAUGAUAACAUCUGUUAAAGAGAAGGAGGAAAUAGAAAAGAUUCUGGCAGAAGAAAGGGAAUUAAAAAAGAAGGUCGAGAUAGCUUAUGCAAAACUUGAAAGUCAAGUCGAACAAUUAUUAUCCAAAAAAAAUAAAUUUAUGUGCUUUUAA